GAUCACUUGGUCUUCUUCUCAGCCUCCAUAGAAAUGCAGUAAUCAAUGCCAUCAGAACCACAACUCCACCGGGAAAUAUCAACAAUCUUUUCAUCUUAAAUGGAAAAUCUGCUUGGUCGUUGCUCCAUAGUUAUUUCUUGCUACCAUUUCAAAGUUUGAAUCCCAAUUCAUUUAAAUACGGUAAAUGCAAGAAAUUAAAGACACACAAACUCAAACACACUGCUUGUUUUUGUUGUAACUUCACUUCUUCCUUCUUUCUCUCUCUCUGAACUUUUUUGCUUCGAUCUCAAUUUCAGUCACAGGAGUUAGAAUUUGAUCUUUUCUCAUUCAUGGGGUUGUGAAUUUACUCAAAAAGUGUCAAACUUUGAUCACCGUUUCUCUCUAAAACCAUGGUUGGUGUUCAUCUUCAUCGGAUCAAAGCUUGCAACUUUCUCCCCUUCUUCUGCACAAUGAUGAUGAUCACAGUGUGUUACAUGCUACAAACCCAAAUGAUCUCAAAAUUCUGAAUGAUUUCAAAAAAGAAGGAGAAGUGGGUGGUGUUGUGGAAUGAGGUGGAGGAGCCAGCAAUGACGAAGUGGAAAGGGAUGUUCUCAAGGCAGUGCUUGAGGAUGGAGAAGACGACGGCCAUGGAAACGGAGGUUGCUGGCAUCAACAUGUGCACAAUAUCCGAGCACUUAUCUUCUUCAGUUUUUUAAUUAAUUAAAUUAAUAUUAUAAAUUCACCCCUAUAAUUUUUUAUAAUUUUAAACUAUACCUGGUGCUUAGAGGUCAUGAAUAUACUUUCCCCACCAUAGAAAGCUCCAUAAAACAUACUCUUUCUUUGUUUAGAAACUUGAACAACUGCAACUGCAACUGCAGCUUCUUGUUCCUCUUAUCUUGUUCUAACACUUCUCCCAAAACCCACACUCAUGAUUCACAACACCCUUACACUCAUUCACAACACCAAUCACCAUUUCUUCAUCUCCGCAAAUGGGUACCCUUCCUUUUCUUCCUCUUUCCUACCAUUUUCAAUUCGAACCAAGCCCAGAAGAAAAUCAACAUCACUGGUUGUGAGUGCCCACAAGAAAGACAACAAAGAAGACAGCCAUAGCUUUGUUUCCAACCCCAACGAGUCCACUGGCUUCUUCCCCGAAGCAGUACUCCUUAAAAAAAAAUCAAUCCAGGAAGAUGGCAAGGUUCUGCCGGAGUUCGAAGAUGCUGAAGAAAGACAACUUUUUGAAGCGCUUAUGCUUGAGCUGGAUAGCGAUACGAGUGUUGAUCAAAUGCGCCAUUAUGAGAUUGUUUACUUGAUUCAUGAAAAGCACAAGGAACAAGUUGCAGCUGUCAACGAGAAAAUUCAAGACUUUUUGAGGGAAAAGAAAGGCACAGUGUGGAGAUUUAGUGAUUGGGGUAUGAGAAGGCUGGCUUACAAAAUAAAGAAAGCUAAAAAUGCACACUACAUUUUGAUGAACUUUGAGUUGGACGCGAAAUAUAUCAACGAGUUCAAGACAAUGUUGGACCAAGAUGAGAGAGUUAUUAGGCAUCUUGUGAUCAAGAGGGACGAGGCGAUCACCGAAGAUUGUCCUCCUCCUCCCGAGUUCCAUACUCUGCGUGCCGGUGCAGAUGAUGAUUAUGAUGAUGAAGGAUAUGAAACAGAAUAUGAUGAGGAUUUCGAUGAUGAUUGGGAUGGUGAAGGUGAUGAUGAUGGCGAAAUUAUCAUUGUGGAUGAUGAUGAUGAUGAUUAUGAUGAUGAUGAUGGUAGAGAUCAUAGAAAUGAUACAUCAGCAAAUAUGAUACAGCCAGAUAGGAAAUUGAGGGCUGGGAACGUAGCUAGGUAGAUGUAAGUAUGUUACCUUUAUUUUAUCACAUAGAAAAAAAUGCAGAGCAAUUCUAUACUUUGUAGCUCUAAUUAAGCAUAUAUAGAUCCAAGUAACUAGGAGGUUUAUUUAAUUGUUUUAUAGGAUUGGAGUUACCCCCUAUCAAUAGUUGUCUCAUUGCUUUAUAUUUA